AUGUUGGCUGCGGAUGCACCUGCAGAGUCACUGACUGCCCUCACGAACGAAUCCGGAACUCAAGACGCAAGACCAGAAGCCCCGCCACUGCAGUCGCUCUUCACCCUACCAUUCGCACUGCGGCUUCAGCCACUUCCCCACCUCUACUUCACAGCCAAGCAAUCAGCGGCAGGUGGGCAAGACAACUCGACAUCGGACGCAGACUCCUCCGCAUCGGAUCGCUCGGACGCUUCUCGCGACUCUGGUGCUCUCAAGCUCAAAGGCUGUCUCGAGACAGUCCCACCUCACCAGCUCCACGUCGUUUCUUACCUCAUUGCCAACACCAAUGCAUUGCAGGCCGUCUGCUCGUGGUCCAAGCUGCUUGCCCUGCUCGCCGACGCAGACGAUGAUCCGGCCUUUUCAAACUUGCGCGCAUUCUUCGAUGCCCGCUUCGACCACGAAGGUCACCUGAUCGAGGAUGUCCCAAAGUCUCCAAGGAAAGCGCAGUCUAGGCGAAGAAGCUCGGCGGUCAAGAGCGAGAAUCCUCGAAGACCAUCAUUCGUGGCGCCAUCGUCGGUGGGCAGAAGUAUGCAACGAUCGCGCACAGCAAGCUCAUCUGCCUCUGCAGCACUAAGCGGUCGAGGCAGAAGUCGCUUCGGCCUACUGGGGCGUGCGCUCUCUAGGGAUGACGCGCUGGACUCGGGCGACGAAGGCAGCGCCACGAGCGAUCUGAGGGCUCCCGAGCUGAAGUGCCCGCCUCGCACUUCUAAGACCCGAGCUGGCGAGGAGCAUACAGCCCGCAGCGUCCGGUUUCGAGUGCGCCUGGACCUCCACUCGGUCGCUCUCGCUCCGCCGCCUCCUGUGCCCAGAGCGUUUUCGAAACGUUCUCAUCAAGCUCCGAUCCUCAACACGCAGAUCCUCGCCUCUCCAGUCCACUCAGGGCGCUCAGUGGAAGACCACUUGGAGGAGAUGAUAUCGCCGAAGUCGCAUCCGUGGGCUGGCACCUCCAAAGAUGAUGUGUUCGCGCGCGCCAGAGCUGGUAGCUCUGCCUCUUCACCAGAUCGAGGUUUACACCGCGUCGUCAGUCCAGAAAGUGUGCGAUCCCGCAGCAGCCUGGCACGGAGCGUGAGCUCUGGCCAGUCACCUUCAUCACCGAGAGCCGAUCGAAGCAUCUUUGGUCGCAAGCCCACAAAGUCAGGCGGGCAUGGCGGCCGCGAGGCGUCUACAGCAUCUCAAAACAGCCGCAUGGAUAGUCUGGGCAGAUUGAUGUCGCAAGAGGGCGCUCACAGCACCGCUACUUUCGAAAGCGCCCACGACGGCGAAAUUACAGCCCUCUCGACCAGCCCAGGCUACGAUGUCGAGCGGUCCAAAAGCCCGAACGGGUCGAUGGCUGGCAGCACACGCUCCAACAGCGCACGCAAACCCUCGAUGAUCUCCCGCAUGUUUAGUUUUGGCAAGAGUGCGAAGAAGUCGAGCGGUAGCGAAGCAGCGUCGACUCAUCAAGGGGCUGAUGCAAGCUUUGGUACCACCGGAAUAGUACCCGGAGACGAAGGUGGGCCGCCUACUGGCGUUCCGGAGGUAUCAGCCAAGACGAGAGCCGAGAGCUCAGCUUCUUUGACAGUUCCCUCCGCUUCUCUCGGACGAGGAAGCCGUCGUCGUACAGCUACGUUGGCGAGUAACGAAAGCGAGGAAGAAGCGGUCGACACUGCGGACGAUGACCUUGGUUCCAUGGGAAGCAGCGCCGCUGCUCGAUGGCAGCGCAGGCGCGCCUCUGCAGGCUCUGUGCUCAGCAACAACCCCUCGGGCGCGAGCGGUUUGGCCAUGGCUCCCGACCUGCAACCCCUCGCGGAAGGAACGGCAUGGAGCCAGACGCGUGCCUCUUCGAGUAGCCAUAUUGAAGAGGGGUCCAGCACGCGCAAGUGGAAAGCUGGGGAGGACUUCUUGAGCUUGCUGCGAGGUGCGUGCGAACAGGUGCUGAACGUGAAGCCCUGUGCUGGAUCACCUUCUGUCCCGAAAGUCGCCGGGAAGGGUAAACGCAAGGAAGGCGAUUCCAGCCCUAGCAGUCCUACACCUUUUUCAUCUGGUGCCCAGACUCCUGUAGGCCCACCACCAAAGCCACUUGAUACAGACUCAUGGUGGCUGUGUGGUCAUACAGACCCUCUCAGCAUCACACUCCCCUGCGCUUUUGCGGAUGCGCUCGGCUGGGAGGGCAUCAUGCAACUAUGCUACGGCGAAGGCUCGCAAGCAGCUCGUGACCAAGACUUCAGACCGCUCGGAUUAGCGGCCCAGCUGGACACAGCACAACAAAACGAAAAGUCCAAGGUGCAGAACUGGGCCAGAGAUGUUGCGAGCACAGGUGCGAGUCCUACAGAGCAAGAGCAGCAAGGCAUUGAUAGUCUUGUCGAAUCGGCUUUGAAGCGCUCCGAGGUUGUCGCCACGACGAUCGCUGGAGCGACUGCUACAGAAGCUGAGCUUGCAGCGCCCGACGCUCGGUCUGAUGCAGCAGAUGAUGCGUCCGACAUUGCCCCGUCUGAAAGCGCAUCCGCCAAAGCGGUGCGAACUGGACGCGGGGAGGAAAAGGGCAAAGGCGAUACGCUUUUGGAGCGACUUCGAAAACGACUCCCGACGCGCAGCGCUUCGACACCAGGUGGACCCGUUCAAGGAAGCAAAGAUCUGAUCGGACCUGCACAUGAUCUGCGGCGCCUGCAGCUCGAUGGAUAUGGGCGAGGUCGCACUUGGGAGGACUGGCUUGGCCUCGCUCGAAGCAUUGCUGCCUGGGUGGAAGACUACGAGACUGAUCGAGUCCACUCUGGCUUGGCCCGGGAGCCAGUCGCUGUGCAAAGAUCGGCCGGCACCGCACCCGUCUUCCAGGCGACAGCCGAUUCUGGCUUCCACGAGCCAGCGUCGAACGGUCAUUCAGCUUUCGGUCAGGCUCCGGCUGAAAGCAUGAACUUGCCGGAAUGCAUCAGUGAGGAUGCGCUUGACCCCAAGUCCACCUUCAGACGCAGAGCUGGUGUGCCUCCCGCUUUGACAAACGCGGAGAGCGGUGAGGAGCACAUGCAUUACCGAUGGGCCAGCAGUCGCCUCAAGUCAAAGCAUUUCGCUUCAGCAAUCACGCUCGGCACCGCUUCGCUGGUGCACAUGCUCUCUCAGGUCAACGCUGCGGAUUGGACGCACAGGUCCGCGUGGGAGCUAGACUAUCUAGAAGCUUGUGUUUUUCAUGCGCCCCUUGUAGCCGAACGCUUUGGACCGCCGGGCACAUCGGUCAUACCCGCCCAACUGUCCUUUGCUCCGACGAGCGACGAGGAGCGAGAGCGGGCAAAGAGCUGCCCUUACCCUUCGGAGAGUGGAGCUUGGGAUCCGAACCAGUGGCGCGCUUGGCUUUCUGGAUUACAACCGGGCAACAUCAUAGUCCCUGCUGUGUCGUGGCAAGCUUGGUGGACCCUCAUUAGCGUAUUGAAUGGCGCGGACAGGUCAGGCAGACCGUUUGAUCUGCAGGUCAAGGCAGUGGACGAACCCUUUUCUGCCGUCUUGCCAGAAGUGGACUCGGUCUUCAUUUGA